GAAAUACCGACAUUCAGAUGUCUCAUGUUGUUUGUGUUUGCUGUACCACAGUUUGACAAUACAGCUACUGGAAGUUGAAAGUGUUGUUAGAGAAAUAAAAUAUGAUGUAAGGGGAUGAAAUUUAUUUCUCUGCGUUGCUGGGUAGAUUCCAUAGAGUUGAGUACGUACCCAGCCGCUUACGCCGCUGUGAUUUUGAAUGAAACAUCUGGGUCUACUCACCUUGAAACUAGUCACUGAGACUUUAACGUAUAAGGUAAACAUAUUCUGAUACGGAAUGAGUGAAGCUUUGAUCAGCAAGACAAUAUUGCAUGCUGGCAGCAAAUGCGUCACCUUCGAGAAAGGGACAAAGGUGGUGUUUCAUUUUCAAAGCAGAAGAGCGGGAGAUGAAUCUCAGGUUUUGGAUGAUAGUAGAAGUAUGGGCAAGCCAAUGGAACUGGUUCUCGGCAAAGGGUUUAAGCUAGAAGUUUGGGAAACUGCAGUAAAAAUGAUGGCGAUACAUGAAGUUGCAAAGUUCAAAGUUGACAAAAGUCUGCUUCCUGCCUAUCCAUUUGUGUCUAAAACUCUGCGGGAGUCUCUGAAACCACAUAAGGAGAGGUCCCACCACUGCUGUGCUGUUACACUGCAAAAUGAGGGGACAGGCUAUGAAGACCUGAACCAGCUCAUCAAGGAGCCCUGUGACCUGGAGUUCAUUAUAGAGCUAAUUAAAGUUGAAGGUCCAGAAGAGUACAAGAAAGAAUCUUGGCAAAUGAAUGCAGAUGAGAAACUUUCUGCUGUUCCGAAGUUACGUGAGAGAGGAAAUCAGUUAUACAAGGAGAAGAAUUUUGAUGAAGCAGCAGGCCUUUAUGCUGAGGCCCUUGGCCUACUGGAGCAGUUAAUGCUAAAUGAAAAACCUGGUGAUGAAGAAUGGAAUGAGCUUAAUAAGAUGAAAAUACCACUGCUGUUAAAUUAUUCACAGUGCAAGUUGUACAAAAGAGAAUAUUAUCAAGUGAUUGAACACUGCAGCACAGUUCUAAAGGAUGAUCCAGGGAAUGUGAAAGCUUUAUUUAGAAGAGCAAAAGCUAAUGUUGGAGCAUGGAAGCCUUUCGAAGCAAGAGCUGAUUUUCAGAGAGUCAUAGAAUUAGAUCCAUCCUUAACUUUGACUGUGAGGAAAGAACUGAAGUUACUGGAUGAAUUGGAACGGAUAAAGAAUGAAGAAGACAGAGCAAAACUGAAAGGAAAGAUAUUUUAAUGUAUUCGUGUAUUAAUUUUUGACUCCAUUGUGACAAUUAAGCUCGUCCUACACUGUUUUUAAAAUACUACUUCUACUGUUACAAUAUACAGUACUGUCAAAACAUUACUGUGAUGGUAGGCCAUUUAACUAAUUCAUUUUGCUUGAUUUUCAAAUCUGCAUUUGUCAUGUGAAAGCUAGUGACACAAAAACAUGUGGUUUAAUUUCAAGUAAAAUGUACAGAAUGACCAUUAAAAUAAUAAUACUGCCAACAAUUUGUAGUCAGCUAGGGUUGCCUUAACUCAGUCAUUUACAAGCUUCAUUCUGAUGUUUAAAUAAACUGAAAGAAAUUCCUUCAGUAAUUUCACUGUCGCUGUUUUGUAGUUACGAGGUAUUCAUUUAGCAUAUAUUGGUGUUCACUGUUUCAAAUUCUGAGCCAAAGUAACAGCAAAUUGGGGCUAUAUUGCUCGUUAUUGUCAUUUUCAUUAAUAAUGGGUAUUUUUAUACUCUUAGGCCAAAGAAACAUCAGAUAUUAAGUAAUUUUGGUAACAAAGGAAGCAAAUAUAGUGUUAAGCCAGGGAAUAGGGAUUUAUUUCUAAGAGCAUUUUAUACUGAGCAAAUUCUUAGGAAAACAAAAAAAUAAGUCGGUAGGCAGUCUUACAUACAGCAUGUACUAGAGACAUGACUGCCACAAGUAAAUGAAAUAAAGGACUGUAUAGAAAUAUUUAAACAGAAGAGUAGGAGAUGCUCCAGAACCUACAGUGCACUGUAUUGUCUAACUUGGGCUCUUGAAAAUAUCUUCUCUUGGAAAGUAGCUUUGGUGGAAAUUUCCUGUCUUCCAACACAUGACUAGGAAUGUAUCAGUGUAUCUUUCUUCUGCAGUCAUUGCCGCCAUUAUUGACAAAAAUCGAGCAGAUAUAGCUCCAUUAAUACAAGUCAAAUUCAAGAUGAAGAGUGCCUGAAAUGUAAGAAAUGAAAUAUUCAUUCCAAUGAGAAGUGUGUUCUGUGCCAUGUUGUUGCAGAACUAGAGUAAGAAAGUAGUUCAAGAAAGGCAAAAACUAGUAUUGAACUCUUGUCUUCGUCUGAUCAGCAGUACAAUGUACAAUAUCUCAGACAACUGUUACUUCAGUAAGAAAGCAGAAAAAUGUAUUGUGUGAGUCAAAUAACUUACUAUUGCAUAAUUUGAAGGUGAUUUAUUAUCUAAGAUACUAGAAGAGACCCAUUAACAUGUAAAUAUGAUUUGCUGGCACAGAAUGAUUUUAAAAAAAGCUCUACUCACAACCAGAAAAAAGCUGAAACAUUGUCCUUGAAGCACACCUAAGAGCAAUUGCAAUCCUGAUAACUCCACUCUAUUCAACAAAAAGUGUGAAAUGUGUGAGAAAAACAGUGAAAAAUGGUAUUCUGUGAAUGAAGUGCAAUACUGUGCACCACCAACUAUGAACUUAAAAUUCAUCCGUCUGUGAAAUAAAAUAGGCAAGUCAUCUAGAUCAAAAGUGCACUGUGUGCCACCCCAUUAACACGAGAACUAUGUAUAUCGAUAAUUCUGCAUAUGGAAAUGAAUAUUCAUCGAUUUUGGAAGGACUGAGUACUGAAGACAUAUUUCUAAGCAAAGGGUAUCAUUAUCAAAAUAAAUAAGUAAUAAAUCUACCAGGGAAGACAUAUAAAAAGUGCUGUCACCAGUCUCAAUUCUCUUCAAAAAACCUUGUCCUUCCACACAGUAGUAUGAAGGAAGUCUUAAGGCAGAGCCCAUUUGUUUGGAUUUGUGGAUCUCUAUGAGCAAUUUUGGUACCCACUGAGGCAGAAUUUUUGGUAGCAUAAUGUAUCCGUGACUCCCUCAUACAAAACUAUUAAAGAUAUUUGCAGGAAUUGGUCAGGCAAGUUCAGAGAUGGUGUCACCUGUUCCAUCAAUUUUCUUGACAAGGUCAUUACUCUCAACAGACCUACCACUCCUCUCUCCAUUAUAAAUGUUUAUUCUCUCACUUUUAAAAAAAUUGGAUCCAUUGCCACACAACAUCGUCACUCAUAAAGUCCCCGUCAUAUAAAAUACACAACUGAUGAUUAAUGUAUGAUGCUGAAAAGUUUUGUACUGAAAUAAACCUUAUUACUGCUCGCUU